AUGAAGCGGCCUUUCAGGGCCAGAGGGGCUGCAGCCUCCCCUCCUCUCUUUAAAUAGCCACCUUCCACCAGAGCUGCACGGAGCCCACCGCCAGCGCCGCCACCCACUGGCCACAGCCCACCUGCUGUCCUCCAGCCCUCCUGCCCCUUCUGCCUGGACCCGCUGUGAGAGGCUCUCUGGGACCUGUCUGCUUGUUCCCUCCAGGCUCAACCCCGGGCUCUGCCUCCAGCCGAAGCAUGAAUCGCCUCGAGCUGGCCUCCCCAGGUCUGAUCACCAACUCCUCCCUGGCCACCGCAGAGCAAUGUGGCCAGGAGACGCCGCUGGAGAACGUCCUCUUUGCCUCCUUCUACCUCCUGGAUUUCAUCCUGGCUUUUGUGGGCAAUGCCCUGGCCCUGUGGCUUUUCACGCGGGACCACAAGUCGGGCACCCCCGCCAACGUGUUCCUGAUGCACCUGGCCAUGGCCGACCUGUCCUGUGUGCUGGUCCUGCCCACCCGCCUCGUCUACCACUUCUCCGGGAACCACUGGCCAUUUGGGGAAAUCCCGUGCCGACUCACGGGCUUCCUCUUCUACCUCAACAUGUAUGCCAGCAUCUACUUCCUCACCUGCAUCAGUGCUGACCGCUUCCUGGCCAUCGUGCACCCCGUCAAGUCCCUCAAGCUCCGAAGACCCCUCUAUGCCCACCUGGCCUGCGCCUUCCUCUGGGUGGUGGUGGCCGUGGCCAUGGCCCCGCUGCUGGUGAGCCCACAGACCGUGCAGACCAACCACACUGUCGUCUGCCUGCAGCUGUACCGGGAGAAGGCCUCCCACCACGCCCUCGUGUCCCUGGCCGUGGCCUUCACCUUCCCGUUUGUCACCACGGUCACCUGCUACCUGCUGAUCAUCCGCAGCCUGCGGCAGGGCCCGCGCGUGGAGAAGCGCCUCAAGAACAAGGCGGUGCGCAUGAUCGCCAUGGUGCUCGCCAUCUUCCUGGUGUGCUUUGUGCCCUACCACGUCCACCGCUCCCUCUACCUGCUGCUCUACCGCGGCAGCGGCACCUCGUGCGCCGCCCAGCGCGUGCUGGCCCUGGGGAACCGCAUCACCUCCGGCCUCACCAGCCUCAACGGGGCGCUCGACCCGGUCAUGUACUUCUUCGUGGCCGAGAAGUUCCGCGACGCCCUGUGCAAUCUGCUCUGUGGCAGGAGGCUCUUGGGCCCGCCCCCCAGCACUGACGGGAAGACCAACGAGAGCUCGCUGAGCGCCAGGUCAGAGCUGUGA